GACUUUGUGGCUGUGGUAACUAGUGAACCUCCCCAUGCCCACGGAUUUGCGAUGACGUAGAGACAACAAACAGUUGUUGGACUUGAGUAAGCUAAUGCUAGCUAGCACACGGACGAGGAGAUAAAACAGCAUAUUUGCAUUCAAGCACUUCUCGGGGGAACGUCAAUAAGCGGCACGUCUUUGUUUUACAGUAACAAUCGAAAAGGAGAGUAUUGUUAUUUAAUUUUGGGAACGAACUAAAACAUGCUCCGGACUAUGACGCUUGUUUUUUCCUUGCCUAUUCGGGGAUUGCGAUGCGAGGUGCUCCGGUGAGACCGCGAGCGACAUUAGGAAAUCAUUUUUAAUGUUUUUUUUUUUAAUAGAAUGAUAAACUCGAAAACAAAGCAUUUGGGUCUACCGAAAGGUGCAUGAAACUAAACUGUUCUAGAUGUCAUUUUUGGGUAACUACUGUAGCUAGUUUGCUUAAUGCACAAUGCAUAGUAUUUUGCUAACGUAAUGGAGGCACCGUGAGCGAAUUGUACAGUUUUAGCUAGUUAGCCAGGUAACGUUAGCUGGUCACCCAAUAUAUAGUUAGAACGUUAGCUAGCUUCCACAUCCACAUUUAGGGCGCGCUGACGAACAAAAUACAGAAUACUUUAACUAAAAACGGCAAAUCUAUGCACUUCAUUAUCUAUCGUGGUUACCUAGCAUUAAAUUAGCUAGCUAAAGAAGUAUAAACUAGAUUGAGACUAGCUACUGUCGCAGGAUAAUACGUUAUUUCUCGGUUAGGAUUUGCUUGUCACAGUCGUUUGACACACGGUGUGUUACCUUUAGGUCUUGAUAAUUUGACAACUAUUUACAGUUGCUGGACAUGGAAUAUGGUCGAUUUAUCAAAGGUAUCACGUAUCAAACCAGUCAAGAAAUUCUAUCUUGAAAUAGUUGUGCAUGUGAGCACAAAUAGCUGUUUUGUCAACCAAUUACUUUUAACACUUAGAAUGCACUUUAUAUUGUCGUUGUUGUCAAAACAAAGUUGUAAACAUUCUCGAUGAAAGUACUUAUUUUACAAAUUGUUAGCUAUUUUAGGAACGAAGACCAGCAUUCAAAUGCUAGACUGAAAUCAACCUUGUGUCAAGUGCAGAGUUCUCGAAUCCCGUCAAAUUGCUAGAUCAAUUGCCAACACUACCUUCCUGGAAAUGAAAAUAUGAAUAUCGAGGAGCAAGCUCUAGAUUUGUGCAAUGUCAAAAUGAAGAGUAAUGUCGAUGACAAUACUACCAAUAACUCGGAAGAGAUCAUACCCCGGAUUUCGGAACUGAUGGAUGGAGACUUGUGCAAACAAGGCAUUGGCACGGAGGUCGCCGACACGUCCUCUCUAGCCAGGCUCACUGACAACCCGCGGGGGGAGGACAACCACCGGUCAAAAGAGACACUAGAAAUCGACGAAGUGAACGGGAAUAAGAACAACAGCGUCCCAAAUACCCCUGCAAUUGUCAGUUCUGACUUUGCCAUUUCUAAUGACUACCAAGAGGAGAGUAUCAAGGAUACAACACCAUCGGCCCUCAUGUUUGCUAUUGAGGAAGGGGAUGAUGGUGGGGAUAUGGACAUUAGUGUGGAUUUGAGCCUCGAUGAAAGUGGCAUGUUGGAGUCAGAACCUACAGACCAGGGACCAUCCCUAGCAGAGGAGACAUUCUCAAGCGGUACCAAUCCAGAUUCAUCUACCCCAGAUGUUGUCACGGACAAGGAACCUGAUAAACCCUCAGAACAGGAGGACUCGCCACCUGUCAUUGCCACAGGAGAGGCCCUCUCUCCAGCCCUGGAUGAGGGGGAUGAUAAACACAAAAAUGGCAAGAGGGUGACUUUUCCUUCAGAUGAGGAUAUUGUCUCUGGAGCAGUGGAGCCCAAGGACCCUUGGAGACAUGCCCAGAAUGUGACGGUGGAUGAGAUUCUCGCUGCCUACAGACAGGCCUGCGUGAAACUCAACUGUAAACUCAUCCCCAAAGUGCUCAAACAGAUGCAGGAGCUGAAAGACCUAACUCAUCGACACGAAUGCCUGGACCUUAAAGGUGAGAAGCUGGACUAUAAGGCGUGUGAGUCCCUGGAGGAGGUGUUCAAGAGGGUCCAGUUUAAAGUGGUGGACCUGGAGCAGACCAGCCUGGAUGAAGAUGGUGCGUCAGCUCUCUUUGACAUGAUUGAGUACUAUGAGUCGGCCACACACCUCAACAUUUCCUUCAACAAGCACAUCGGCACCCGCGGCUGGCAGGCAGCAGCCCACAUGAUGAGGAAGACGAGCUCUCUGCAGUACCUUGAUGCCCGCAACACGCCCCUGCUGGACCACUCUGCCCCGUUUGUGGCACGGGCUCUCCGCAUCAGCGGCAGUCUUGCUGUGCUGCACCUGGAGAACGCUGGGCUCUCUGGACGACCACUCAUGCUGCUGGCAACGGCUCUGAAGAUGAACAUGAACCUACGGGAGCUGUACUUGGCUGAUAACAAGCUGAACGGCCUGCAGGACUCUGCACAGCUGGGCAACCUGCUCAAGUUCAACUGCAACAUCCAGAUACUGGACCUCCGAAACAACCACAUACUGGACUCUGGUUUGGCCUAUGUCUGUGAAGGCCUGAAGGAACAGAGGAAAGGCCUGGUCACUCUGGUGCUCUGGAACAACCAGCUAACGCACAAUGGCAUGGGCUACCUCGCAGCUGCACUGCCCUGUACCCAGAGUUUGGAGACCCUAAAUCUGGGCCAUAACUCUGUGGGGAACGAGGGGGUCCACAAGCUGAAGGACGGGCUGAUCUCCAACCGCUCGGUGCUCAGGCUGGGCCUGGCGUCCACUAAGCUGUCCUGCGAGGGUGCCGUGGCGGUGGCAGAGUUCAUCGCCGAGAGCCCCCGGCUGCUGCGUCUGGACCUGAGGGAGAAUGAGAUCAAGACGGGGGGCCUCAUGGCCCUCUCCCUGGCCCUCAAAGUCAACACCUCCCUCCUACGCCUCGACCUGGACCGAGAGCCCAAGAAAGAGACUGUGAAGAGCUUUAUCGAUACACAGCGUUCCCUGCUGGCUGAGAUCCAGAACGGCUGCAAGCGGAACUUCAUCCUAGCCAAGGAGAAGGAGGAGACCGAGCAGCAGAUGCAUUCAGCCUCAAUGGCCGAGAUAGCAACCGAGGACAGAACCGAAGAGGAGGAUGGAGCUGAUUCCGGCGAGCAUGUUGAAAAAGAUGGGAAAGACGGUGAGUGUGAGGGAGGAGAGGAAGGAGUAAAAGACCCUGAGAGCCUGACUGACAGCCAAUCGACAGUGUGCUCUGAGGGAAUAGUGUUGCCUUUGCUGUUGGAGUCAGACUCGGACACAGACGACGAUGAGGAGGAAGAGGUAGUUCUCUCUAAAGCGCCCACCGUCUCCCCUGUCCCCAAACACACUGGCCCUUCACUCCGGGCAGCGACAAACCAGCACCCCCUCAGUGCCUCACAGAUGCCAACUGCUCUCUCUACACCACCAGCUACGGGGGCUUUCAUUUCAGGGAUCACCGUCACGGAGGCCACGGGCCCCCCCGGUACGCCCCCUUCGCCGGGCCGCUGUAUCUCUGUGUCGAGUCCCGGGAGGGGCCACAAGAUCUUCAUGGUGACCAGAGUAGAGAGCCCCUCUGACCAGCAGCAGGUUCUGGGGAAGAUUGGUCUGUCCAACCCCCAGGCCUCAAAGGAGCCAGUGGUGUCACUAGUGAAGCAAACCACACAUCGACCACAGCCCCCUUCACAACCCUCACAGGAGGAGGUGAGAACAGAACAGACACAACCCCAGACCACACCACUGACACAGGAGGUGACACAGAGCCUGACAGAACAGACACAACCCCAGACCACGCCCACACCACUGACACAGGAAGUGACACAGAGCUUGACAGAACAGACACAACCCCAGUCCACGCCACUGACACAGGUGAGACAGAGCCUGACAGAACAGACACAACCCCAGACCAUGCCCACGACACAGGAGCUGGUCCAGAGUUUCGAUGAAUCACAGACAAUCGAUCCUAAACAGAUGGAGCAGAGUCCUGUUGCGCCAGAGGAACCUUCUUCAGAGGAGGCCGUAGUAGAGACUCCUAAUGACCCAUCUGAGACGCUAGAACUACCAUCCAACCUCCUAACCCAACCCACAGAGGAGGAAGUUGAGGGCGUUCUAGACCGUUCGCAACCUGUACUGGCGGAGCAGAGCCCAAGAACAGCAGCCCAGCCGUCACACACACCGUCCCUUCCUACAGAAGAUGUAGCCACUCAAUCACUAGCAUCACCCCAACAGACAGAGCAGAUGGUAGAGACAACUACAGAGCCCCGGCUAGAACAGUCUGCUGUUGAGCAGCAGUCCACUGAAGCUGUGCUGGAAGGAGAGGAGGUGGUGGUAGAAAAGGAGGUGAGUCAGGACCCAGUAGAAGAGACAUUUUGUGAACAGUCUCAAACCAGCACAGAGGAAGUUGAGAUGCAGUCAGAACGGCUUCCACAGCAGGAACAGGCUAGCGACACAGUUCAGCAACCGUUAGUGCCUCAGCUAGCGAUGCAGACGAACACUAAGCCCCUGGGGGGUCUGCUUCUAACAGCACCACUCAAGUCACAGCCUGAAACACUGCAGCCAGACUCUGAGCUUCUGCCCCCAGAACAGGAACCGGCAGAGACACUUCCACAGGCACACCGACAGGUGGUGCCAGAGAGUCCCUCUGAGCAGGGAGCCACAGAGAGUGAAGCAGAACAGGAACUAUAUCUGUCAGAGGAGGAGCAGCAGCAACUAGCACAACAGGCACUUCCUGUGCAGGUGGAGCAGCAGCAACAACAACGUCCUGUUCUAGAGCAACUACAGCAGCAGCCUCUCCAACCAGAGGGGCAAUCACAGACCACCCUUCCCGCCGAGCCCUCACCUGUUUCAGCCGAGACAGACACUUCUCUGAAGGUGGAGGGCCGUAGCUCCCCUCCCAAGGCAGAGGAGUCCCCAGACGAGAGCUCCACAGACGAGGGGGAGAGCGUGGAGGAGGAGAUGAUGGGCUCGGCCCUGCCCAACGGCCUGAAGCCAGAGUUCGCCCUUCACCUGCUGGAUACCGAGGGCCCCAAGCCUGGGCCUGGCAGCUGUGUGAUGGAGCACGUGAGUGUGACAGCAGAGCUGAGCUGUGGUCAGGAUCUGGAGGACCUGUUGCUGGAGGCCAGCCUGGAGACUGGGAGAGACGCACCAUAGCCCUGUCAUGUGGUUCUGUAGGAGAGAGGAACACGGGAACUCGUAUCGUCUGUGUCUCGGUGACUCUUGUUGCUCCUACAAUUUUUUUUUUUCUCCCGUUGUCAUAAUCCCACAACUCACCACCGCCAUGACAACAGAGGACCAUCUAAGUAAUACACCUAAAAAAAAAAAAUCAAAGACACACAACAAUAAUCAUUGAGCUUCAUCACAGCACGUAAUGAAUUAACUACGUCUUCAACCGAAGUGCGCGCACACACACAUUUUAAAGAAAGUAAUACAAAAAACAAGAAGAAAGUCACACUAACCUUUUGCCUAUCACUACAUUCUGUCAAUCAGGAAACCACACUCAUGCAGAUAACAAGGAGCUGGGGGUGAGAAAGAGGUAGAGGGAAGGAGGGGCUUAAUCACUGCUCUACCCCAAUACACAGGACACACUGCUCACCCCCUGCUCCACCCCGACCUGUGUUCUUGAUAGUGUCGUGAGCGUGCACACUGACACACAACCUUACUAUUGCCCUCUGCUGGAGGAGAGAGAAUGUGCACAGCUGUGUGUGACAGUGUGGGACCCAGCCAAGAGGACCUGCUGGCUUUUUAGUGUGUCAUUCUCUGACAAUGACAGUUGGGCACAGAGGGUUUUAUAACCAAGGAAGGUGUGACAGGAGAAGGCAUUUGUUUUGUGCGUAUUUGUCUUGUUAGUUUUAUUUGCCCCCCCCCCCCCCCCCACCUCGUAAGGGAUCUCUGCCAAAGUGACCGCUUUCUUUUCUGUUCCUUCCAUUGGCUUUGGCCCCCUCAGGAAUCGUCCCCUCUAGUCUCUCUCCAGCAACGCUCUGGAACAUCCAAACCAUCUGUCAUCUGCCAAAAACACAGUGUCUCAAUCAAAACUUAUUUUGGGAUCAGAUAGCAGAACUAGUCUAAUCUAAAGCCUUCUGGAAACCUCUGUAAAUGUUGGAUAACAAAAUGUCUGCCUUGAUGGAGUAAUGCCAUUCAUUAGAGUAAGUCUACUCUUCUUUUUUCCUCCACCGGACAGUUAUCUCAGACAUUCUUUUCCAGACAGAUUUUCAUGUUUGUCCGACCAGAGUGAUUAAAUGUAGUGCGACACUCAAUAGGAGUAUAAAGAAAAAGUAGUUCUGAUGUUGUCUUUCGUGUCCUCCCCUCUUUCUUUCAGUCUUCUGCUGGUACAACACUGUGCCAUCUCAUUUCCCAGCUCUACGCAGGAUUAAUGUUGCCUUCGACUCGGCUAGGUUUAAAUUUCAUCUCCUUUUGUUUUGCUGCUUGGAGAAAUCAGUCGUUUGUAUUUAUGAGCCUUUUACUUUGUGAUUUAUUGUUCUCCCCUUCUCUCCCUCUUUUUAUUUGUUAUUUUCCAUUGGGGUUUGCUUUUAAAGAUUUCCCCCCUUUUGGUGUAUAUUUCAGAUUCAAAUUAGAGCAAUUAUUACAUUGAGGUUUUUUUUUGGGGGGGGGGGGGGGGGAUAAAUGAGACUGCUGGGUGGAGGGAUCAACGGUUAUGGCAAUAGGGAGGGAGAGUGCGGUUAUGAAAAUAAACGAAAAGGAUGUUUUCUUAAGGAGGGGCAGUGUGAGUGGUGGUUAACAUCACUCUGACAACACUCACUGAGACUAUCCCUGUUUUUUCGACAUCACAUCUUAAACACUACUGUGCUAGGUUAAGCUAUGGCCACCUGGGGGCGCUGGGGCUGCUGGUGGUUUCCUUUCUAGAUAUAGAUAUACUGUAUUACCCAACAGCAGUUACUGCUUAAGACUUUUGUAGGCAUGGAGGACAUUGAUUUGAACACAAACAGGUGGGUGAAAGUUUGAGUGGACUUCCCAACAACACUGAGGACAUGUGAGCCCUGAAUGCCCAACACUGUGAACCUAUGGGCCAGCUACCAAGGGCCCUAUUCAACUUGUAUCCAAAAGAUUCCCGGGUAAGGUAAAAACUUGCUUUCUUACGGUGCAAGAAGAAUACAAGUUUGACUCAACCGCGGGAUCCUCUGGAUAUAGGUUUUGGUUGAGUAGAGCCCCUUGUUUCAAUCCCUCUGUUCUUUCACCCCUGGUCAACCAGGUUGUUUUUAAACCCAAAUCCUCAUUGCUGUGCUGCCCUCACUAUUUGUAAUGCUUACAUUUUUUUUGUCAUUUUUAAUUAUUUGUUAAAUUAAUUGAAAUGUGCUGGUAAUCACAAAGAUAUGUAUGGCAACUUUUUUUGUUCCUCUCAAAUAAAUGCAUGUAAUGACUAA